GUUCUUGUGUAUUGGUGAAGUUUUGGGUUCAUUUUUACUUGUCUAGUUCAAAUUCUUGAUCAGCUGUUUAGCUGUACUUUUAUAGUAUUUUGAGUGUUAAAAGGAAAUGAAGGAUGUUUUCUUGGCUGGUAAGGAAAGUAUCAGCAUGUUGGAGACCAUUGAGUCGAUAUGUACCUAUGAGCAAGGAUGAAGACGAUGUUUAUUUAGGAGGUGAGGAUGAUCCAUUUCUAUGGUGUAGAGACCUUGAGAAACAUUCAUGUGGGGAGUUUUCUUUUGCUGUAGUUCAAGCUAAUCAUGUACUUGAAGAUCAUAGUCAGGUUGAUACCGGUCGUGAAGGUACUUUUGUUGGUGUUUAUGAUGGACAUGGUGGCCCUGAGGCUUCAAGAUUCGUCCGUGAUCACCUUUUCCUGCAUUUAAUAAAGCUUGCUCGAGAAAAUGGAACAAUAGAUGAAGAAGUCCUUAAAAGUGCCUUUGCUGCAACUGAAGACGGCUUUCUUUCUCUUGUGAGAAGGGCAUUUGGUAUUACACCAUCAAUUGCUUCAAAGGGGUGCUGCAGUCUGGUUGGUGUCAUCUGGAAAGGGACAUUAUAUGUUGCUAACCUGGGUGAUUCUAGAGCAGUAUUAGGUCAUAUAGUAGGGAGAUCCAAUAAGAUUGUUGCUGAGCAGUUGACUAAGGAUCAUAAUGCCAGUAUCGAGGAGGUUAGGAAGGAACUGAUGUCUUUGCACCCAGACGAUUCAAACAUUGUGCUUCAUGUCAAUGGAGCGUGGCGCGUUAAAGGCAUUAUACAGGUGUCUAGAUCAAUUGGAGAUGCAUAUCUGAAGAAGCCAGAGUUUGCUCUUGGUCCAGCUUACCCACGAUUCCACCUUAAAGAACCACUUAGGCAGCCAGUGCUAAGAGCUGAUCCAUCUGUAUGUUCUAGAAACUUACAACCAGGUGAUAGAUUUCUAAUAUUUGCUUCUGAUGGGCUGUGGGAACUCUUAAGCAAUCAAAAGGCUGUGGAAAUUGUGCAUAACAACCCUAGAGAGGGCAUAGCUAGAAGACUUAUUGUAUCAGCCCUGGAUGAGGCAGCGAGGAGACAAAAGUUGAAGUAUGACGACGUUAAGAAGUAUGAAAAGGGUGCCAGGAGGGUCUUUCAUGAUGAUAUAACAGUUGUUGUCAUCUUUAUAGAUCAUGAGAUGCUGGAAGGAAAAUUACCCGUGCCUGAACUGUCAGUUCGAGGAUUUAUAGACACUCAUGGACCAUCAGAUUUCAAUAUCUUGCAAGAGGUUGCUGUGAAGACAAACUCUGUCAAGUGAAACAUACCAAAUAAGCUGUUGGCCCUUCUUCCUAGGGAAGCCCGGAUAUGGGAAGUUUCUGACCCCCCAUUUUCACAAUUGUUUUACCAAUUUAUGUUUGACAUACAAUCCAGAUGAACAGCAAGACUAUCAGGUUGCCUGAGGUCAUCGGCAACCUGCUUACUUUCUCUAAAAUUUUGAUGUACACAAAUUUUCUGUACAAAGACAAGUUGAGAUAACUGCCUCCUAUUGUUUACCACAAUCUGUCAAAGGACAUCAAAGUUGUAAGGCCAAAGAAGUUGGCGUUGAAAUUGAAAAUCUGGCAGUUGCAAUACUCAAAAAUGUGAACAAGUUGAAGCUCUAAACUCAAUGUGUUUUUACCUUUGUUAUACAAGUGCUUAUUCGUUCCUGUUGCUUACCAUCAAAGGGGUGUUUUGUUGUUUGGCAUGCAUGCAACCUUGACUUGUUGCACAGCAUGCUUACGCUAGUUUUCAUCUCAAAUUGAAUGUAAUAAGAGUGAAAAAUUAGGAAAUUUUGUGCGAGGGAUUCCCAUUGUGAUUGAAAAAGCAAUACAUGCUGUUUCAGAUUCAUCCACAUCAA